UGGACAUUGCUGCUGCGCUCAUGUUAAAUAAAGUUUCUGUGAAAUGACCUUCCGUUGUCAUCAUCCGGGCCUCUACAUACUUCACAUCGAGCAUGCGCACUGUCCCACUGUGGUUCGACCUCUGCAGUCGAGAGACCCGGGCUUCAACCAGAUUUUGACCAAACCGGUUAAAACUACCUAAAGUAGAAAAUGUACGCCUGUGCAAAGUUCGUCUCCACGCCGGCGCUGGUCCGUGCUGGUUCCCGGGCUCUUUACAGACCCCUGUCUGCCUCUGUGCUGUCUAAGCCUGAGCUCAAAUCAGAGAGCAGUGUUGCUGUGAUGCCACAGAGCACCCUCACCCAGGUCACACUGAGGGGCUUCCAGACCAGUGCUGUCAGCAGGGACAUUGACACCGCUGCCAAGUUUAUCGGAGCUGGAGCUGCCACAGUCGGAGUAGCUGGAUCCGGUGCUGGAAUUGGGACGGUGUUCGGCAGCCUCAUUAUCGGUUAUGCUAGGAACCCAUCUCUGAAGCAGCAGCUGUUCUCAUAUGCCAUCCUGGGAUUUGCCCUGUCUGAAGCUAUGGGACUGUUCUGUUUGAUGGUCGCUUUCCUUAUCCUGUUUGCUAUGUAAAAAUCUGCUGUCAUAUGAUACUUUCAUUACAGAUGUGACUACAUAUUUUAUUGUGGCUACCAAAAUUGUUCCGUGUUGGUGUCAUGGAAAUGUACAUUUUCAAGUCUUUCAGACACUGUCGAAAUAAGCAAAACAUGUAUUGUACAAAUGUAAGAAAUUACGUGAUUAAAAUACAUGUAUUUGACUAUUUAACAA